CGCUUUUCUUGGUAACGAAGAUUUGAACCAGUUUGACGAAACCCAAGCCCACAGAAGAAGGUCUAGCGUAAUUCAUUACAUGACGAGGUUCAUUCCACUGGCUGCAAUAUUCAUUUCCUUUAUAGUCGUUGGAUCUUGCUUCCUAUUUCGGCGUGCAACAAAGAGCGUGCAAUCAAAGACUAUAGAGAAAAAUGGAAAUUUCUUGUCAAUAUGGAAUUAUGACGGGAGGAUUGCAUAUGAAGACAUAAUUAAUGCAACAGAGGACUUCGACAUCAAAUAUUGCAUCGGGACUGGCGAUUAUGGCAGCGUCUAUAGAGCACGAUUACCCAAUGGGAAAGUCGUGGCAUUGAAGAAACUUCACCGUCUUGAAGCGGAGGAUCCGUCCUUCGACAAGAGCUUUCGGAAUGAAGUGAAACACUUGACAGAAGUAAGGCAUAGAAGCAUCAUCAAGCUCCAUGGUUUCUGUUUACACAAGCAAUGCAUGUUCUUGGUUUAUGAAUACAUGGAAAGGGGAAGUCUAUUCUGUACUUUGAGAGUUGACGUCGAAGCGGUGGAAUUGGAUUGGUCCAAAAGAGUCGAUCUCGUUCGGGAUACGGCACAUGCUUUGUCUUACAUGCACCACGAUUGCACUCAGCCAAUUAUACAUCGAGACAUAUCUAGCAACAACAUCUUACUGAACAGCAAAAUGCAGGCUUUUGUAUCAGAUUUUGGCACCGCAAGGCUUCUAGAUACUGAUUCCUUGUCUAACUUCACCGCAAAUGUCGCUGGCACCUAUGGAUAUAUUGCACCGGAACUCGCAUAUACUUUGAUUGUUAAUGAGAAAUGCGACGUAUAUAGCUUUGGAGUGAUAGCAGUGGAAACGAUGAUGGGCGAGCAUCCAGGAGAUAUUGUAUCUACGUUGUGGACAUCCUGUGGAGAAGAUAUCAUGCUACAUAAAAUCUUAGAUCCGCGGUUACCUUAUCCAAGAGAGAACUCUAUCGCAAGAAGUAUUGUUCUGAUAGUUUCUCUUGCGCUUGCUUGCUUGAGUGCUAAUCCAAAGUCCCGACCAACUAUGAAGCAAGUCUCGGAAGCUUUUCUAGCUCGAAAGUUACCGUUGGCGAAGCCCUUCCAUGAGAUCUCAUUGGCUCAGCUCCGAGAUAACAACAGAUUAUGGUUGGAAGGUCGAUCAACAGAAGCUUCAUCAAGACUAAGCGAUGAGCAAGGGUUAGUAAGUGCUUGUCCAGUAAAGAGUUAGAUUGAUAAAAUGAUGCUACAAUUUGGUGUA